AUUGGUAGACAAAAGUAUGCCCUCAUAUGAUGUGUCGCCGAUGGAUAAAAAGCCAAGUACUGGACACCCAAUGGUCAACAAGUUGGCCAACAAUUGGCCAAAAUGUGUUUACACCGCAAUCUUUGUCUACACACACAUCGCGUUUGGCAUGACUAUAACAAUGUAUCCACCGAUAAUGGUUGAUAUGAAGUACAUUCUCCACACAUCCAUACGCUAUGUAUCGCUGUAUACCACGUUUCUAUCGGCCGGUUAUAUGUUGGGCACUGUUUUUGGCUACCUAUACGAGUACAUCAACCGCCAGUUGACUGCCAUAGUAUUCCUAACACUAAUGACCGUGGGUUCGGCGCUGACACCCCUAUCGCCGGACCUGUGGUCACUGUACGCGUGCGCGUUCGCCAUAGGUAUGGGCGCCGCCGUCUGGAACACAAUGGCCAACGUAUGGCUGAUCGAGAUGUGGGCUAAUCACAGCUCACCCCUACUACAGCUACUGCACUGCGGUUUCGGUGCCGGUACCAUCAUAUCGCCCCUCAUACUUAAAAGCCACCUGGUGGGCGAGACACGUUACCAUGGUACUGAUAGUAUUAAUAGUACUGUUAGUAACUAUACAAUGGACGGCAAUUAUAGCCAGGGUUUGGAAAAGGAGUUUAAUGAACGCCGCUUAGGUCUGGUCAUACCGUUUCAAAUCAACGCUGCCAUUCAGAUAUUAUCCCCGAUAGCCAUGUUGAUCAUGUUUAUAUUUCAACGCUACGAACCGCCGCCGUCACCGUUAUCGUCGGCGCCGGCAGUGUUGGACAGUAACGACAAUAACGUGACAAAACCGGUGCCGCCGUCCGGCAAACUACUCGACCGGUCGGGUGUGUGGCCGCGGCGUUGGUCUAUAGCCUUGUUUUGCGUUUGGCUGUCCGCCUAUUGCGUGGCCGAGAACACCCUCAUGGGGUUUGGGGCCACGUAUUUCCAGUACUGCCCCCUCCGGCUCAGCGCCCAGGAGGCGGCCCAACUGCUCUCCACGGCGGCCAUAGCGUUCACCGCGGGUAGAGGUCUCAGCGUAUUGACCGCUAUCUAUUUUAAACCCCAACAGAUGAUUGGCUACCAUUUUGUGCUGUUAAUGAUAUCGGUGGUAGCCCUGUAUGCUGGCCAAUACAACCUUAAUGUAUUACGCGUGUCCACCGUGAUGGCCGGGUUAGGCUUGUCGGCCAUGUGCCCGGCCAUGUUCGCCUACCUGGAACAUCGCCGCAAACGGGCGAACGGCAACUCAAACACCGCCGCCAUAACAGUCAUCGCCACCCAAUUGAGUCCAACGGCAACAAUCAUUACGAUCACCGGCGGAACCGUACGGUACAGCCGGUCGGGCAGAGCCGAGUACAGGGAUCGGCAAAACAACACGUGCAACAGUGUCGCGUACGCCGACAGACAGACCCGCUCUAUGGCCACAAACAUUGGUAAAGAGGUUACAGGUGUCGCCUCUGAGCUAAGACAUAGCGCACACCACACGGCCGUAACCACUGUUGAAUAUGUCACCAGUUUUGGCCACAAAUCCCACGAACGUAUUGACUGCCAGUAA